AUGUUAUAUCUCUCUCUAUCAUAUAAUAUCUUAUCUCUCUCUCUCUCAUAUAUUACGUUCUCUCACUCAUAUUAUCUUGUUCUCUCUCUCUCUCUCUUAUCUCCUCUUAUCUUGUCUUCUCCCUCUCUCUCCCUCUUUCUCUCCUCUCUCCCUCACUCUUUCUCUCCCUCUCCUCCUCCUCUCUCUCUUUCUCUCUCUCCUCUCUCUCUCUUUUCUCUUUCCCUCUCCUCUUUUCUCUCUCCUCUUCUCUCCUCUUAUCUUAUCCUCUCUCUCCCCUCUUUCCUCUCUCUCUCCCUCCCUCUUUAUCUUAUCUUCUCUCUCUCUCUCCCCUCUCUCCUCCUCAUAUUAUCUUAUCUUCUCUCUCUCUCACUCAUAUAUUAUCUUAUCUUCUCUCUCUCUCACUCAUAUAUUAUCUUAUCUUCUCUCUCUCUCAUAUAUAUAUAUAUAUCCGCACGUGAGGAUUUUCUUUUCUUAAAUAGACAUAUCUAUCAAAGACCCACACGUCUGAUCCGGGUUCAAAUUCACAGGUCUGUCUCCCUUCUGUUUCUAUCUUUUACACGAGAUUUAGUCCCCGUCUUUCGCUCGUUGUCUGGUCCCCCUCUUUCCCACACUCUUACUCGAGAUUUGACCCCCCACUCCCUCUCUUACUCGAGGUUUGACCCCCUCCCUACUCCCAGUCUUACUCGAGGUUUGACCCUUGUCUCUCUAUUACUCGUUGUCUUACUCCCCUUCUCUGUUACUCCUUGUCUAACUCCCCCUCGCUGUUACUCGUUGUCUAACUCCCCCUUCUCUGUUACUCGUUGUGUUACUCCCCCUUCUCUGUUACUCGUUGUCUUACUCCCCCUUCUCUGUUACUCGUUGUCUUACUCCCCCUUCUCUGUUACUCGUUGUCUUACUCCCCCUUCUCUGUUACUCGUUGUCUUACUCCCCCUUCUCUGUUACUCGUUGUCUUACUCCCCCUUCUCUCUCUCGGUCUGCAUUUUCGCUUCCUCUCUGUCUCUUUUUCAAUACAUAUAUUCGAUAUUUCUCACUUUGUCGCAAACAGUACCUGAUAAGACAUUGGCUUUUGUGUGGGCUCGUGAACACAACCGCUCCCAAAUAACUUUGUUUCAUUUUUGUAUCUCUUCUCACUCUGCUAAUUGUUUUGUUUACCUCUAUCUCGCUCUCUCACCGUCUGUCGUUCAUGUCUGUGUACCUGAUAUAUUUUUUUGCUUGUUUAUUUCUGUCACACCGUUUUUUUCUCUCUUUGUCGACCUCCCAGGCUUCAUUAAUAUUCCUGUUUUUUUGUUUUUUCAUUUUUUUCCAUUUUUUCCUUCUUCAUUUUCAUUUUUUUCUUGCUUUCCUUUCUUUUUUCCUUUUCAUUUUCUUCUUUUUUUUUCUUUUUUUCUUUCUUUCUUUUUUUUUCUUUUUUUUUUUUUUCUUUUUCUUUUUUUUCUUUCUUCUUUUUUCUUUCUUUUUUCUUUUUUUUUUUUUUUUUUUCUUUCUUUUCUUUCUAUCUUCUUUUCUUUCUAUCUUCUUUUCUUUCUAUCUUUUCUUUCUCUCUUCUUUUCUUCUUUCUCUCUUCUUUUCUUCUUUCUCUCUUCUUUUCUUCUUUCUCUCUUCUUUUCUUCUUUCUCUCUUCUUUUCUUCUUUCUUUUCUUCUUUCUUUCUUUUCUUCUUUCUUUCUCUCUUCUUUUCUUUUCUUUCUUUCUAUCUUCUUUUCUUCUUUCUUUCUCUCUUUUGUUGUUCCUUCGCUUUCCCUUUCGGGCCAUAUUCUACUUCUUUUUCUCUUUUAUUCUCCCUCCCUCUUCAUUUUUAAUUCGUCACUCUUUAUAUCUAUCAUUGUUCGUAUUCUCUCAAUCCGUUCCUAUCUAUCUAUCUAUCCAUAUAUUAGUCUGUUCAUAUCUAUCUAUCCAUAUAUUAGUCUGUUCAUAUCUAUCUAUCCAUAUAUUAGUCUGUUCAUAUCUAUCUAUCCAUAUAUUAGUCUGUUCAUAUCUAUCUAUCCAUAUAUUAGUCUGUUCAUAUCUAUCUAUCCAUAUAUUAGUCUGUUCAUAUCUAUCUAUCUAUCUUCAUUCUACUAGACAUGAAGACAGUGUUCUAUCUAUCUAUCUCAUUCUGUUCAUACCUAUCUUUUUUCGUAUACUUUCAAUCUUUAUCUGUCUGCUGCAAUUUGUUCAUAUCGAUAUCUAUUAG